AUGAACCACUCUCAUUUGAGCUCCCUCUUCAAAACUCUCCGACACGCACCUUGGCUCGAAUUUCAUCGCAAGUCGUGGCCAAGCUCACUCAACCGCCUCUAUGAUCGGAUCACCGGUAGCGAUUAUAAGGCCUCCGUUUUACCCAUUCUCGACCGGUGGGUCCAAGAAGGCCAAGCCAUAGACAAACAUGGCCUAGUCAGUAUCAUCAAAGAGCUCCGCCAGUACCGAAACUGCACCCGAGCUCUUGAGGUGUCCAUGUGGAUGAGUGACAGAAGGUAUGUUGAACUUUUGCCCUCCGACAUAGCCAUCCGCCUCGACUUGAUUGCUAAAGUUCAUGGAAUAGAACAAGCUGAGAAUUAUUUUAACAACAUUCCCAAACAAGUAAAAGUCCUUCCAGUUUACAAUGCUCUCCUUCACUGCUAUGCGCACGCAAAACAAUUGGAAAAGGCAGAAACCACCAUGCGGAAGAUGAGGGAUUUGGGGUUCUCUAAGAUGUCAUGGUCAUACAAUGUUUUGCUCAAUUUGUAUUAUAAGACUGGAAACAAGGAGAAAUUUGACAGUCUGGUGAGGGAAAUGGAAGAGAAUGGCAUCGAAUUUGACAAAUUCACAUAUGGGAUCAGACUCAGCGCAGCUGCAGCUGGUCCUGAUCUUGAGGGAAUUGACAAGAUUUUGGCAGAAUGGGAAUCCGAUCCUAGGAGUCGUAUGGAUUGGACUGAUUAUGCUGUUGCAGCCAACGGUUACACAAAAGCAGGAGCCGUGGACAAGGCUUCAGCGAUGCUAAAGAGAUCUGAGGAACAUAUACCAAGUUCUAAAAGACGAAGGGGUGCAUAUGAGUAUCUUAUGACUCAAUAUGCUGUGCUAGGGAAGAAAGACGAUACUUUGAGACUAUGGAAAUGUUACAAGGAGCACAUGAAAAUAUACAAUAGGGGUUAUGGGUGCAUAAUGACCUCACUCUUGAAAUUAGAUGACAUCGAGAGUGCUGAGAAGAUAUUUGAAGAGUGGGAAUCUGAGCAUUUAAAUUAUGAUAACCGUAUCCCAAAUAACUUACUUGGUGCUUAUACCAGGAAGGGUUUUCUUGACAAGGCUGAAGCCAUUAUGAGGAGGAUAACAUUGAAGGAUCAGAAACCUAAUCCGACAGCAUGGAAUUAUUUGGCUAAAGGUUAUCUUGAUCGCGGUCAAAUUGAGAAGGCGCUUGAGUCGGCAACAAAAGCUGUUUCCCCUGCUCAGCCAGGGUGGAUGCCGGACAAGGAUGUUGUUGUCGCAUGUCUGGAGAGAGAUUAUUGA